GAAUCGUCAAUAUCAGUAUCAAUUUGAAAUGUUUAAAUAAUAGGUCUCAGACCACUGAGCUACCGAAGUACAAUUGGAAUGGAGAGAGCGUCGGUAGCCGGUACAUAUUCAGCACGGUUUCGAAAUUUGGGAAGUCCUAGACAAGAUGGCUGCCAUGGCUGUAAACACCGUCAUUCCGUUCCUGGCUUCCGUCGUUGUGCUGCUGUCGCUUGGUGCUGCCUCAGACCCGCAGCAAUCUAUCACCUUGGACCGAAUCGGGGUCAAAGGUCAAUGGCUGGUUGAUAAGUUCGGGAGAAUUCGGCUGUUCCACGGCGUUAAUUCUGUGCUGAAACAACCACCGUGGUACGACGCUCAGAUUCUGAACGAGACGAGGCUGAAGUACUUCAAGGAGUGGGGCUUCAAUGCUGUCAGGCUAGGGACAAUGUGGACGGGGGUGGAGCCGAGUCGAGGUGCGUACAACCAGUCCUACCUGAACGUCAUGAAAGCCGCCGUCUCGUCACUCGAGAAAUACGGCAUGUACGCACUUCUUGAUAUGCAUCAGGACCAGGGCUCAACCUUCUACAAUUCCUAUGACGGAAUCCCAAGAUGGCUUAUAGCAGCCUUCGAUCCUCCGCUGUUCAAAUUCCCCUGGCCUUUCAAGAAGGUUGGCUACUCUGACUUCAGGGCCUACUUGACGGAAGCAUGCGGAAAGGGUUUCCAAGAUUUGUACGACAACAAAAAGGGGGCGCUGGAUGCUUGGACAGGAUUCUGGGUUAAGGUCGCGCAGACUUUCAAGGACAUAUCCAGCGUCCUAGGAUACGAGUUCAUCAACGAGCCCUGGGCAGGGAAUAUUUACGUUGACCCUGCGCUGCUCCUCCCAGGCCAUGCCGGCCGCAAGAACCUCUUGCCAGCCUACAAUAGAAUCAACGCAGCCAUACGGAAUGUGGACAACCACACCCUCGUCUUCUACGAACCGGUGACUUGGGGAGUUUGGCUAAAUGGGACAACACUUGGGACGGGUUUCGAUACGGUACCAGGUGGGCCUGAAUAUGAAAGUCUGAGCGUCCUGUCGUGGCAUUACUACUGUUGGCUUAUACAAUCAGGUUCGGCCGAGGGACGGCCAUAUCCCACCCUUGAGAGGUUCGUCUGCGAUGAGAUUCAGGGUAAGGACGUGUUCAAACAAGUCGUAGCAGACACUCUGCGGAUAGGCGGUGCUUCAUUCAUGACAGAAUUCGGCAUCUGCGAGCCAAACAAAAUAGCGAACUCAACGGGGAACAUCGAGUGCGGGUUCAUCAUGAAGCAAGCUGACGAACAUUUGCAAUCGUGGACAUACUGGGACUUGAAUGUUUUCUUUACGCCAGGUGGUCACGUGAACUGGACCGGAGCGACGCCAUUCGCCCGUCCAUACACACGCGCAGUGGCAGGCACGCCCAAGCGUAUGACCUUUAACCCCGAUGACCUUUCAUUCGAAUUCGAUUACAUUGUUGACAUGAACAUUCACGCUCCGACGGAAAUUUUCAUUCCUCCCGUGAAAUAUCCGAAAGGGGUCACGGUCAAUGUCACUGAGGGACUGGGGUACACUUUUGACUCUGGCAACCAUGUUGUUCUUGUCACAGCGAAGCAGGCGACUGUAAUCGCUAGCAUUCGGAUUGCUCCAAAGAUGUGAUGGCACUUAAUCACCGACUUAAAUUGAACUCAAACAAUCGUAUAUUCACAGAUGUGGACUUCGUACAUUGCGGUGAAAUUAUUGAAAUGGUUGUUCCAUGUUCCACAACCUGAUCACCAUCUAGGUGCUAGCACACUGAAAGAACCUGACGGCACCUGGGCAUGUUUUCAGUAUUACCUUAAAUUGUUAGCUCGUCAAUCGUCAUAAUGUGUAUCGUAAUCUCCAUAAACUGUUCAGAGAUUCUAGAAAACUUUCUUUUGGACGAUUUAUCUUUACGAGAAGGCUUUGUCUUGAUUUGACGAAGGCUUACAAUCGCAGCUUGACUUUGAAACCCUCGAAUGAAUGAUGCAUUGAAUGACUUGUCACUGCUCGAUUAAACCUACUGAAUAUGAUGACCUAAUUGGACGGGCCUACUCCAGUCAUCAUCACAGAUAUAUGGCAAAUAACACCAAUAGAUAUCAUAUAGAUAACUGUCAACUUGAUAUUUAGAUGAUUUGCUUGACAAUAAAUGGCGAAGAAAGUGUGAAGAAAGUACCAUUCACACAUCACCUACAUGUAUGAUUGGGAAGCCAGUCAAGCGAAAUGACAGCUAUCACUUGUUGGUAACCGCGGUAUAAUGUUUGGCUCUUGUUGUUAAAAGAGCAACUCCGCUUUGUUCGAUAAAGCCACAGUUCUGUUGCCGAGAUGCUCUUGAUUAUUGGCUGACUUCAUCGUGCAGGGAUUCAUUGAAAUACUGGUCUAAGAUUGGACUAAUAAAAAGAUGGCUGGCGAUCCUGGCGGGAAGUGGCGCCUACCAGAUGAGUCUGGUCAACAGGAAUACUCCGGCGAUGAAACACCGGAGGAGGAGAAGCGCCUCCCCAAGCCAAAAAGACGGCAGAGUACUUAUCCAGAGGAGCCCGCUCUCACCCCUGUCGAGCAGCCCGAGCGGACACCUGAUCUUGAUGAACCUGAACCAACGCCUCAAAAGAAGAAGAAGAAGAAGAAGAAGAAACCGAGACCUAUAUCACCUGCUGAGUCGCUCGAAGAGAGGGAAGAGACUCCGCCACCCAGGAGAGAGCCGACGCCUACGCCCACGCCUACUCCUCCGCCACCGACCCCACCGCCGCCCCCUCCACCUCCUCCUCCCAUACUUAAACCGCAGCCGAUACUGAAGAAGAAGCCUCGGAAGGUAGAAAUUGCGACUCAGACAGACAUGCCUUCCCGGCUUCCGCAGGUUGAUGAUUAUUCACCCACUCCGCCACCUGUUCGCCGUGGCGACUCGGAAGAGGGUCGGAGACCCCGCACGCCAUCGCCUGCACUCUCAGAACCAUUUGGUAGCGUCGUAUCGGCGAGAUCCAGUGAGAUGUCGCUACCUUUUGCAUACGCUGGAUCGACCAUAGAGCCACCCACCGUAGAAAUGCCGUUAUUCUGUGCCAUUUGCAGGAAAGACAUCAAAGGAAGACCAUAUCGGACGUGCGUCUAUGAUCACAUGAUCUGUCACGAGUGUGUCGGUUGGGAUGAUUUGAUUGUCACGUGGAAGAAUGAUAGACAGUUAUUGGCCAAUGAUUGCAUGGUCUGCCAGAAGUUAGAGAUAGAUGAAGAAUACAAAAUACGGGGUUACCCACCGAGGUUUAGCAAGUUCUAUCUGGCCCGAAAACUCCUGGGCGGGGAGCCACCGCUCUGUGACGUAGCAGCCACGCAUCAGAUGGGUCAAAAGAUGGCGAAAUUUGUAUGCAUUGACUGUAAUGCGCAUGCCUGUGAUGAGUGCCUGAUGGAGCACGUGAACACGGCAAACAAAGCUAUGCACACGGUACGCAACCUCGUGUGGGCAGAAUAUGAAAAUGAGACUCUGAUGUGUCUUGAGUGCAAGGCAAGGAAAGCCGAGGCGUUCUGUCGCGCUGGCGGGUGUAUGAAAACUCUCUGUAGUAACUGUUCUCCAAGACACGAGUUCCAUGGACUCUUGAUGAUGAGGGGUGGAGACGCGGAUCGACAGCUAGCGAUCUAUAUCAAAAGGAUGGAGGACAAAAUUGAAGGAUAUACCAAAUUACUCUUCGCAGAGCAACACAAAAGGAAAGAAAUCCGCAAAGCCAAGAAGGAAGAAACCACGACAAUUAUCAAGAGAAUACGCGAGACUGCACGGGAAUAUCGUGAGACGAUCACGAAAGACGAAGAGGCUUUAGUGGCAAUGGUAACAAAGCACCGCAAUGAUGUCACCGGGGCGUUUGGCACUGUUGACGAUCUGUUGAGGAAGAAGAGUAUGGCAUUGAAACAUUUGGAUCUAUUUAAGGAGAAGGUCAAUGCCAAGGGCAUGGAUAAGCACAGGAGAUGUGACAUGUAUGCGUUUCUCAAAAGCAAUGAAAAGCACAUCAAGAAUCAGAAGUCGGCGGAAUACCCACUGGCCAUCCAAAAUGGCUUGAGGGACCAGGUGGAUGUUUACUUCAAGGAGAAUGAUGGCGUCGCCAAGGUCAAGACGGACACAGGUAACCUGGUGGGCAAGGUCAACUUCGUGCCAAGGAAUCCACCGCAAAAGGUCGAAAGUAAGCCAGUUUGCAAAGGGAUUACGUCACUUCCUGCAGCGCAUCCUGACGACACACUGGAACCGAGGAUCGGAAGUAUUCGAUACAUGGAUGACCUUGAGAAGAUCGCGGUCGUCGAUGAAAACAAUUUGAAAAUCAAAAUAUUGUCUCGACCUGCGGAUUCCUUGUUUUCAAGGCGAGGUCACACGCGCGUGGAGGUCAUACGGGCACACAUCAUGAACUUUGGGGACGAGAUUAAGUUAGAAUUCAACAGAACCAACUUGUAUUUGAUCAUCCUCAACUGUACCACAUCUAUCGUCACCAUCUUUGAUGUGGUUGGUAACAAAAUAUGGAAUUACGAGCUGCCACCUGGAGCUGGGACGGCCAUGUCUGUUUUCCACACAGACGAUGGUCAGUUGUUGCUAGGGAGAAACCACGUGACUAACCAGGGAUCGGGCGGAAUCCUAGAGGUGCACCUUGAGGUUCAGAAGGGGAAAUAUACCUUGCUUCGGAAACAGGGUAGAUUCCAGUUGGAUCAGAAGCCGAAGCUUGUGGGCGCGACUCCAUCUGGGUACGUAGUGGUGCACGACGGGAGCAGUCUGCACUUUUUCUCCAAGAUAUUAAAAAAGGUCAGGCCUGAAGACAGUGACUUCAAGCACUGGCGAGGGCUGGAGGCCUCGGACAUGUUCAUUGGCAGCCAAGGUCACAUCCUCCUGGUCGACCACAACUGCCCAGAGCUUGGCAAGUGUAUCAUCCAAAUUUAUCAAGAAGGAACCUUCCUCAACUACCCGCUACAAAAAGAUCCAUGGCUCCUGUUCCCAAAGUACAUCACUGGUGAUAGGAGAGGUAACUUCUUCGUGGUUGAUCAGGGAUCUGAGACUGUUAAGGUCUUUGCACUAGAUGAGGAAUAGUUAAGGGAAAGACAGGAUGCUUUGACGUAGAGCGAUAGGACACUCAACUAAUAGAUCUUC